AACAAUUGCACAGCCAACUGCUGAGAAGAAGAAGAGAAGAAGCUCCGAAAUGGCGGAGGACUCGUCGUCGCGGCUGGUUUUUGCCAUUGCCUUACUGUCACUGUUUUCUGCCGGCCUUUCUAUUGACGACAAAUGUGCUGCUUGCACCGCCAUUGCCGAGGAGCUAGAGCGUGGUCUCAUGAAUGAAAGACCAAGAAAUCAUCUGGAUAUGAGACACCGGUUGGAUGCUAAAGGUCAGCGCCAAGGAAAGGUAAUAGAUUACAGGGUAAGUGAAUUGAGAGUGGUCGAUCUUUUGGAUGGGCUUUGUGAAAAGAUGCAAGACUAUACCCUUGAGAAGGUAGACUCUAGCACACAAGUAUGGAUGAAAGUGGAUAACUGGGACAUCCUUAAAACCAAUAAACAGGAAGCUCGAGCCUAUUCAAAAGCUAUAUCCUCUUUCUGUGGAAGGUUACUUGAGGAAACUGAAGAUGAGUUGUCAGAAUUGAUAAAGAAAGGAUCUGUUAAAGCUGGAAGUGUGAGCAAGGUUUUGUGUGAGGACCUUGGAAGAUAUUGCGAUCAACCUAGUGACGAUGAUGGCAAAGUUAUGGAUGAGCUUUAAGGGAAUUGCAUUAAUUUCUUGUGUCAGGCAAAGAGAGAGGCUGACCUAAUAACUGAAUUUGCCAUGGUAUUCCUCAUUAACAGCGAAAGACAAGGAAGAAGAGUUACAGCAUUUUCUCUAGUUACUCAAGCCCCUCUUUUUCCCCCACCUUCAAACUGCCACCCUGCCGUCUUCCCCUCUAAUCUUGCUGCCAUGAUGCAGAACUUUUGAAACUUUACACUUGUAAUUGUCCUCCUACGACCGGUUAUCAAUUAUCUGUUUGAACAUUUUGGAACUUUUAACUGGACUGGAGCUGAAAUGUACUCUCGUAUUUCAUUGAGCUUUUAAUGUUUGUUGAGAGUCUUUUUUGCCA